GCGAACAACAUUUAGUACCGUCAGUAGCCUGGCAACCCAGAAAUGUUCUAAAAAACAAGACGUCUGGUAAAAACAAUAAAAUAAUGGAUGCAAGUGCAGCAAUAACCGGCGAUGUGGACAAGACCCAGAUACCGCCGCUGAACCAGAAACGCAUCCUGGCCUUCGUCAACCACUUCCUCGUCAGCACCUGCACCUUUCUCAAUGAAUUUGCCCUCGGCUGCGAGACAAAGUUCGUGGAGAUGGAGCGGCAGCUGCAGAAGACGGAGGCCGCCCUCGUCAUCCUGGAGGCCAAGCUGGCGUCCAUACCCACCGAGCACCAUGUAGCGGAAGAGACUCUCAAAGCGCCAGCGAUAUCAAAUCAGCCCAACGAAGAGGCAUCCAUGCUGGACACGACUGAACUGCCGCCCACGGAAAGUCCACCGGAGCCGGAAUGCCCGCCUGAACCGAUCGGCGUGCGCGCCUGCGAAGAUCUUCGGUACAGGAAGUUCUUCAAAAUGGUGCAAGUGGGUGUGCCCGCACCGGCGGUCAAACAGAAAAUGCAAUCCGAAGGUCUGGAGCCCCGAGUCUUAGACACACCCGAUCUGAUCCUGGCAGAUGGCCAGCGGGAGUGAGUUGCUUGGCGCAGACCGUGACUAUCUUGUGAUAUAGCACAUGUUGCUACACUUUGCAAUUAAACAUUUUUUAAAGCUUA